CACAUCAAACAAACCAUGGCUAAGUCGCCGGCUUUUUCCACGGUCAUGAUCGUCAUCGGCUCAGCCGUACUCUACUUCCUCCUCCUCUACGGCGUCGCCCUAACGUCACCCCACCUCCCUUCCAAACUCUCCUCCGCCGUACCCUCCCCGCGUGACCCCAACGUAAUCGCCAAGAUCCGAUCCGCCAUGGAGUCCCGCGGCUACUCCCUCGCCGCCGCCGCCGUCGCCGACACCCUCCGCGACGGCGACUGGAACCUGAUCGAGUGGGAGAUCCAGAUCCACAUCGAGCGCGGCGGCCCCAUCACGUUCCUCGUCCCUUCCGACUCCGCCGCCACCGCUGCCGCCGCCGGCUACCGCGGCGACACCUGCGGCUUCGGCCCCCGGCCGGUGAUGGGCGUCCUCUGCGGGAGGCUCCGCCGCCGGGACUUCGACCGCGCCAACGGCACCGCCCUGCCCUCCUGCCGCGAGCGACUCCGGCAGGGGAGAAGCCGCGACGCCGUCACAGUGACCCGGAUCCGCGCCGCUGAGGUGGAGGAAGAUCACGCGCGCGUGGCGGAUUGGAGCCUGUACGACGACGGGCGCGUGGUGGUGCACGGGAUCCGAGGGGCGUACAAGGAGGGGAUGCGCGUGGUGCUGACGGAUGCGAGACGCGGGGUGGGGAUCGCCGGGGAAGGGAUCUUCCUGCCGAGGAAGGAGUGGGAGGAGGAUGCCCGGCGGUGGCUGUUGGAGCGGCCGGUGGAUAUGACCGGCUGCGAGCGGCCGCGGGACGGCAGGGUGUGUGAUUGUUGUCGGCGGGCUGGUGAUGCACAUGCCUUGAAAGCGCGGAACAUUGAUCUGACGGAGGAAAUAUUUGUGUUCUAGGUUUUAAUUGGUAAUUAGCAAACAAUGUGUUACGGUUUUUUGAGCUUCUGUUUUUUUUUUGCUUAGAGUUCAUGUCAUUGUGAUUGUAUAGUUGGGUAGUAGAUGUGGCAAUUUAUGAUGUUUUAUCGGAACUCAUUUGUUCCUAGUUGAAAAAUGCGUGCUUAAUCUUAGGUUUAGUCGCAUAUAGGAGUCCGACUACACCAAAGCACUUCGUUUAGGGUUUCACAGCGAGGGAUGUAUUCAUAACAUGUCGGUGGAGUACGACGACAUCUAGUUCUCAUUUAGGUAAUUAAUGAAGCGGAACUAGGUAGUAUCAAAAUGGGAAUAUUAACAUUAUAUACAAGUUGCUAUAAACAACUAUUUAAUUUAUAUAUUUUACCUAGUACAAACUGAUAUUUUUACUUCCAAAUCUAGGAGGGACGUCUAGGGUAGCGAAACGCUAGGCGAGAGAGAUCAACACCCACCUUACGCCUAGUGCCUUAUUGUUCAUACGAUCUUGGAGUGUUGGGAAUGAUUCUGACAACUUGAAUUAGGCGUGUCAGUAUUCAUUGGGUAAGCUCACUUGGGUCAGACCCAGUUGAGUCUAUUUAGGACCAGAUAAUUCUACACAAAAAAUAAUAUCAACUAUCUCACUAACUUCUUUCUACCUAGUUUACUUUGCGGUAUUUAAUAGAAUGAGUCUAAUUUAAAAAUGGAGUAUGAGUCUUAUAUACCUCCGAAAAUAAAAUUAUCAAAUCUAAUUUGUCUAAAUCUGCGUUUCGGUCACUUUGUCAUUCCUAACUCGAAUUAUUGGAAGAGCUAGCAGAGACCAUAAAAAUGGUUACACCCAGGGUUGUCAUGGCCGCCGUGACACCGGUUGUACCUGGUUCAAACUGUAUCGGUCAUAAAACCGGUGUGACACCACCGGUAUGACUGGCAUGAUCGAUAUACGAAUCUCUAAGUAAAAUAACCUUAUUUUAGUGACUUUAAUUGUUAAAAAUUAUUUUAUUAUUUAUUUUAUGAGUAUAAAUGUUAAAUAUUGAU